AUGCAUCAUGCAUCCUUGAUGGGAAGAUUAGCAUCGAAUUCACCCUGGGGAAGCUAUGCACACGUCAUCGUGGAAGGAGAACCACGAGCAUCCACGGAAGGCCGACUUGGAGGCUCGAGUCGAAUAGCUCAGUCCGAGUCCACCCUUGGUGACUCUACGGCCGACUCUUCUUCCCCGGAGGGUGGUGCGCGUAAGACUAUGGAUCGGUUGGUACUAAGGUCAAAUGAAGACGUCGUGUUGACUUCCAUUCUACUUGCAGCAGUGCCUUUUACUCCAACUUUGGUGGAUCAAUUCUUAAAUGAAGAGUCUGCGUUGCUUAUUAAUUUGAAUUUCUCGUGGGUCUUGGUGAGCGUGGGCUUUUACAUUGAUAUGUUGGCUUUAUGA